GGACGGGGAAAACGUGCGUUGGCACUUGUGAACUUGGCAUGAUCCCUAGUCCAAAGGUCCGUGUACACGACAAGUCAGAUUCUUUCAACGUAAAAACCAUACUACUGUAUUACCACGGAACGGACACAUCUUUUCUUCUCCUUUCGUCUUUAUCUGUCCUCAUUGUUGAAGAAGUGACACUAAAAAUGGGGAAGAUGAAUGGCAUGUGGUCUGCAUUACACGUACUGAUUCUGUAUCUAUCGACGAUCUCCGGAGCAAUCGAAGUGCGUGUGGCGCCGUUGCAGAAUCAGGAGAAACCCAGAUCCUGCAACAGCUCUGAUUCUUCCGAUUAUGGCAUUCUCAAUCUCAACAAUGGCUUGGGCCUAACUCCUCAGAUGGGAUGGAAUAGCUGGAAUUUCUUUGCAUGCAACAUCAAUGAAACAGUUAUCAAGGAAACAGCCGAUGCGCUUAUCUCAACUGGUUUGGCAGAUUUAGGUUAUAUUUAUGUAAACAUAGAUGAUUGCUGGUCGGCUCUGACACGAAAUUUGGAGGGUCAACUAGUUCCAGAUCCAAAAACUUUUCCUUCAGGAAUUGCAGCUCUUGCUGAUUAUGUACAUGAGAAAGGCCUCAAGCUCGGAAUUUAUUCUGAUGCUGGGAUCUUUACAUGCCAAGUUCGACCUGGAUCACUUUACCAUGAACAUGAUGAUGCAGAGCUCUUUGCCUCUUGGGGUGUGGAUUAUUUGAAGUAUGACAACUGUUACAAUCUUGGAAUCAAACCAGAAGAAAGAUACCCACCUAUGCGUGAUUCUCUAAAUGCAACUGGACGUCCAAUUUUCUAUUCAAUCUGUGAAUGGGGUGUUGAUGACCCUGCCUUAUGGGCUUGGAAGGUUGGAAAUAGUUGGCGAACAACAGAUGACAUCAAUGAUACAUGGGCAAGCAUGACUACCAUUGCUGAUCUUAAUGACAAGUGGGCUCCCUAUGCUGGUCCUGGUGGAUGGAAUGAUCCGGACAUGUUAGAAGUUGGAAAUGGUGGCAUGACUUACCAUGAAUACCGAGCACAUUUUAGCAUUUGGGCUUUGAUGAAGGCUCCUCUUUUGAUUGGAUGUGAUGUAAGGAACAUGACAGCAGAAGCAUUUGAAAUACUAAGCAAUGAGGAGGUAAUUGCUGUGAAUCAAGACUCUCUGGGUGUUCAAGGCAGGAAAGUGCAUGUUGCAGGAACAGACGGUUGCCGUCAGGUAUGGGCAGGUCCUCUGACGGAUCAACGUCUGGCUGUUGCUCUUUGGAACCGAUGUUCAAAAGCUGCAAAUAUUACAGCUGCAUGGAGUACACUUGGACUUGAAUCCUCUACCAGUGUCUCCGUGAGAGAUUUGUGGAAGCAUCAAGAUAUUCUGGAAGAUGCGGUGGCAUCAUUUAGUGCCCGCGUUGAGGCUCACGGCUGCGAGAUGUAUGUUUUCACUCCCCAUAAGGCGUGGCGCUCUGAGAUUUAGGUGUAUAUUAUCCCCAGCUUCGUGUAUCGCUUGGCUCAAAUGAUCCCCUUCUUUGUUGGUGGUAAAUAAUUGUAUGCUGUGGCCAUUUCCUAGUGUCUUUGUAGCUAGCCUUUUAGUCAUUGUUGUACCAUUUGACAGAUUAUGCUAUUGAAAGGUCCUAUUCGGACAAAGUAAAAAUAAUCAUUCAAAAGUUA